AUUAGUAGCUGCUGGAAAUCCCCACUCGGACUCCCGGAGCCCCGCUGGGCAGGUGUAACGGGCUGGGGGCAGAGUGGGUGCCAGGGAUGGAGGCACCCCUGUUGAAGAUGAUGGGGGCCACGGGGGAGGUGGGCUCCAAGGUGAGCGCCGAGCUGGAGGUGAAGAAACUGCAGGAGCUGGUGCGGAAGCUGGAGUGGCAGAACGAACAACUGAAGAGCCGGGCGAACGCCGCCGCCGCCGCCGCCCCGCUGCAGGUCUACCUGGGCUCCAGCGCCCGGCACCAACCGCCCGCCCCGACUCUCCUCCACCCGCCUUACAGUUCCCCUCCUCAGGGCUCGGCUCACUCCCAGCUCGGUGGCACCCACUGCCCGGCCACCAGCCCCGAGCCCCGGGCACUCAGGCUGCUACUGGAUGAGGUCGAUAUCCUGGACCUGGAGAACGGACGCUGCGGCGGGGACGAGGACAGCUGGUUGUAUGUUUCACCAAGAAGGCAGCUGACCAUGGAACAGAAAGCCAUGAGCCCGCUUGAGUGGUGUAGACAGGUGCUUGAUCACCCCGGCCAUGAGAUUGAGGCAGCAAAGCGAUCGUUGUGCUUCAGACUUGACCAAGGUUAUGCAAAUAGAAAUCUGCCACUCAGCCCACAGUCGUCAAUCGACAGUGAAUUGAGCACUUCUGAGCUGGAUGAUGAGUCUAUCUCCAUGGGUUACAAACUACAGGACUUGACAGAUGUCCAAAUAAUGGCAAGGCUACAAGAGGAAAGUCUCCGACAAGAUUAUGCUUCCACUUCAACAACUAUCUCUCAGCGCAGCUCCAGUACAUCGCUGUAUUCAGUAAAGCGGGGCACAGGGAGUGACCAGGAAUAUGACUGCUGCAGCCUUGAAGACGAAGAAGAAUUUGACCAGCUUCCGCCACAGCCUCGACUCACCAGGUGCUCUCCACCAUUACGAAGUAUGCCACAUUCACAGACUUUUUCCAGCAUUAGAGACUGCAGAAGAGGCCCAGCACCUUCCUCCUACUUGAAUUCCAGUGCUUGUCCAUCCUAUUAUUCACAAGGUCACACAGCUGAGCAACAACAGUACCGAACAAGUGCAGAGAAACUCAGACGGAGCAUGCCAAACCUUGCACGUUCAUUCAGUACCACCAGUUCACCUGAAUCGUUUAAGAAUAGCAGAAGUUUUGAUUCGAACUUACAGAAUGGAACUUCACGACUGCAAUCACCAGCAUGCUCUUCUCUCAAUAAACUUCAACACAGAGUCAACAGUGUCAGCCAUUUCCCACUGUCAGUAAGACAGCCGCCAAAAGCAACAGCAUAUGUGAGUCCAACUGUCAGCAACACCAAUGGGAUCCACACAUCGGUCAGUUUGCAUUCCAUCUCGAGCUCUGGCAUCCCUUUACCGAGCAGGCCUGGAACCACAGGGAUCCCAGGUCGGAGUGGCCUUCCCAGACCAACAUCCACUAUUGGAGGUAGUGGAAUUCCGAGGAGCAAGUUAGCUCAACCAGUCCGGAGUUUUCUUCAGCCUCCAAAGCCCAUAACUGCACUCAGUUCUCUUAAGGACGGAAGCUGGAAGGACGGGUGUUAUUGACAUUUCCUGCUACAGAAACUGUUGAGGCAGAGAAUCGGGAGCUGCCAAACAAUGAUACCCAGCUGGCUGGGUUUAGAUACAUCACAGGAUAUUUGUAGCUACAGUUAAUUUCAGUGAAAGUGCAAAAGACAAGGCCACGCCCCCAGAAUUAUGUAUGUUUUGCUAAUAAAGAAGUGCGACAUGAACUAAUGAUUAUAACAUUAUGCUUUCAAAUAUCGGCCCCGUGCAUUGAAAUUAUCUCAAAGUUGCAGACGAAAAAUCGGUACAAAAUGUCUUUAAAUCAAUUUCACCUUCUUCAAUGCUCGGUUUAAUUUUGGGACAACAAUCAAUAUUAUGGUGAGCAGUCUGCCAUAGUUCUUUUUUAAGGAGGUUCAGUUUUAUCUAUGUUGAACAGUACUUAAACAAAACAGCCUGUUGAGUUGCCAUGACUUCAUUUUAAAUGUGUUGCAUGUUAUCACUUGUUAAGCAAAACUGUAAUACCUGAGUUGUAGCAAGCAAUGUUCAAGCCUCCAAUCAUACUUCAGAGGAGUAUUAGAAGUAAGAUCUUCAUAAAGUUGAAAUAAGUAAUGCAUGAGUUUUAGAAACUGUUGGUUUUAGUUCCAAAACUUUUAUAAAUGUGUAACCUUAUGAGCAGAAAUUGUCACUGAAUAUCGUCCGAUAACAUUGAUUAAGACACUGCAGAUGCUGGAAAUCUGAAACAAAACCAUAAGAUGCUGAAUAUACUCAACUGGUUCUGCAGCAUCGGUGGGGAGAGAGAGAGGAAGAGAGAGAUCUAAUGUUUUAAGUCAAUGACUUCUUUUCAGAAAUGCAUGAGAGGUCACUGACAAGAAAAAGUAAAGGCAGAUUGAUUUGAAACAUUGAUUCUAUUUUGGUUUUCUAAUAUCAAAUGUUAUUUGAUGCCUGACCAAAUUGCUUUGUCUAUUUUUCCUUAUGUUUGAUCCCACUACAUUUUUAUAAUGCAAGCUAGAGUACAACUGGUAGCAUAGUGACUACUAUCUUCCAUAGUAAUGAAGGAAUAGUCAUAAAGUGUUAAAUCUCUCCAAUGUUUUUGACAAUAUUGGUAAUUAUCCCUAAACAAUUAACAUAUCUUGUUAUGAUGCUACAACUACAUAUGAUUGUGGUACAACAUAAAUGUUUCUUAACAUUGAUUUUUUAAAAUUGAGAUUGAACUUUUCAGUGUUCCUAGCCAUAGUUAGAUGUGUGUGGAGUAUUUAUGAAAGCCAAUUUGCUUUUAUUAAUUAAUGUAUUACAGUUCUGUUAAAACAGUAUAACUUCCGAAAGCUACUUGAGAUGAAGUCACCGUUAACUCAGAAAUCUGGACUAAAAUUUUGUUGUAGAAGCAAUUAUUUUGUGCACUGUAGCUAUACUUUUAUUUCUGUAGCUCACAAGGUUAACAUAUCCGUGAUAGUCAAAUAUGAACCUUUUCUUUUGCCAUAGUUCACAUCACAAAGCCAGAAAAUGUCAGCACCAAUGGAGUGUAACAAACACUCAGGGCUAGGGAAAUUCACACCAUGCUAUCUAAUUCCUGACUCACUUAUUGGUUUUAUGAAUGUUAAUUUAUUCUUUGUAAAUUAUUUGUGUAUGUCCAAACACUUAUGAUGAAGCACAUUGCACUUAAACCCAGCAAUGACCAUGUAUGCGACAGCUUGACAGAUUUUUUUACAACAGUAAGUGAGCAUUUUGAAAUGUUUUAUUAAUAUUGAGAACAAGGUGCACUUUUUAAUGGACACUAAACAGCUUAAUUUUUAUAGAGGUUUUACAGGAUAACUUAAAACAUAUUCAUCUUGUAAUAAUACUGUACAGAGGUACGACAGAAAUGUCAAAUACAUAA